AUGGCAAUCAUUUCCAGAAGCACCGGCCUUGAAAAUGUUACUGCUGUGAAUUCAAACUCAAUCAUUAAACGCAACAUUUGCAAUACAACGCCAUUAUGGAAGAAAAAGAUGCCCGACCGGCCAGCACCCAUUGAUGAAGCAGAUUUUACUGAAGUAUUUUUGCAUGGCAGUGGGCCGGGAGGUCAGAAAAUCAAUAAAACCUCUUCCGCAGUGCAGUUGAAACAUAUCCCAACAGGUAUGGUCCUCAAAGUUCAAGCCACCCGUUCUCGUACACAGAAUCGUAAAAUCGCACGACAAAUGCUAGCAGAAAGGCUUGAGUUGUUGGAGAAGGGGAAGGAGAGCAGGGUUGCGAUUGUAGGGGAGACCAAAAAGAAGAGGAAAAGCAGUGCUGUUAAGAAAAGUAAGAGAAAAUAUCGACUGUUGGCAGAAGAGAAAGCUACGAAAGCAGGUGAGGACAAGGCCGAGGAGGAGGAGGAGGUUGAGGAGGAGGGAUUUGAGGAGGUGGAUCUUGAUGAUGGCGAAAAAGUUCUGGAAAAUAUGGAAGUUCCAAUGCAAGAGUCACCGAGCAGAGGGAGUGGUCCUUAA